UCGAGUGUUAGCAACCCUGUCUUAGAGUUUGACAAUUUGGAUGAAUUGGCGCUAAAUUUACUUUAAACACGAAUCAUAUCACAAAGAACUUGCAAAUAAAUUAUCAAAAGCGAAAGAAAAUAUGGGAAGUCGACAUACUUUAGGCGAUUCUGAUGUUUCCAGUGAAUUCGAGGAACCGACGCCGUCAACUUUGCGCUUGCGUUCACGAACUAUCGCCGAGUCCAAUGAAAAUCAAUCACAACCCCGUGAAGCUACGCAGUCACGCCGUAAGAAAACUGCUCCUACCAAACGCGGCGUUCGUGCCCUACGCGAAAUUCGACUCUUGCAAAUGCGUACAGAUUUCAUGAUACCACGGCUCCCAUUUUCGCGCUUGGUGCGAGAAAUCAUUUGCCAGCAUUCGACGACUGUCUCGAAGGUGACUAGUGCGGCCUUCGAAGCUUUGCAAACGGCCACGGAAGCAUAUAUAGAGCAAAAACUACAUGACGCCUACAUGUUAACUUUACACCGUAAAUGCGUUACUCUGCAUAUUAAUGACAUGAGAUUACUUCAUAUCUUGAGAAUCGAUUAAUGGUAAUUCUGCAAUCGUUAUUUUUUAAAUUCAGACACAUUUCUUCUUUUAUUUUUCAAUUGUUUUAUAAUUAUACACACAC